GAACUCUGAUGGUAUUUCUGAUUUGCAUGAGGAAAUUGUUGCUCGCUUGACAUUAAUGUUGGAUGAGCACAAUCAACUGGUUAAGUCAUUUCGUAUGGCUAGGGAAAGAAUUCAACAGCAUGGCCAAAGUGAUAUCAAGAUUCGUCUAAUUGGAAGGCGAUACAGUGAUGGUAGAUGUUAUAACUUGCCUACAAGUUCUGAAGUUGCUGCCUUGGUCGUUGGAGAUUUUGAUCAGGCAAUGGGUGAAAGGGAUAUAUUGGUUGAAACCAAAAGUGGACGCCUACAGAGAAUCAAUGAACUUAAUGCUUCCUACUUGGCUUUACAAUAUCCCCUAUUGUUGCCCUACGGCGAGGAUGGUUACCGAGAAGACAUCCCAUUUUCCGAUCUGAGAGAAGUAAAAGAGGAUGGCAGAAAAACUGUGAGUAUCAGGGAAUAUUUUGCUUAUCGGAUCCACGACAGAAAUCAUGAACCAUCCACUAUUCUUUCGUCGAGGAGAUUGUUUCAACAAUUCGUCGUUGAUGCAUAUACCAUGGUUGAAUCAUCCAGAUUGAGAUAUAUCCGUUACAAUCAAGCUCGCCUACGAUGUGACAUGUACAAUGGGUUAGCGGAUGCUGUUCUUCGUGGUGAUAUCGAUCCAGGAUCUAGAGGCAAAAGAAUAAUUCUACCUUCGACUUUCACCGGGGGUGCUCGAAAUAUGAUUCAGAACUAUCAGGAUGCAAUGGCGAUUUGCAGAUGGGCAGGUUAUCCCGAUCUUUUUAUAACAUUCACAUGCAACCCAAAGUGGCCCGAGAUACUCCGCUUUUUAGGCCCAAAGAACUUACGUCCUGAGGAUCGUCCUGAUAUCGUAUGCAGAGUUUUUAGAUCAAAAUUAAAGCAGUUGAUAAAGGAUUUUCGUGAGAAUCAAAUAUUUGGUCAAGUAACAGCAGUUGUAUACACUGUUGAAUUUCAAAAACGCGGAUUGCCUCAUGCCCAUAUACUGCUUUUUUUAGCAAAGGAAAACAAGUUUCCCGAUCCGUCCGACAUAGAUAGGAUUAUAUCUGCUGAGAUACCUGAUGAGUCUUCUGAUCCUUAUUAUUAUGAAGCUGUAAAGGAACACAUGAUCCACGGUCCGUGCGGACUGGCAAGAAAGCAAUCUCCGUGCAUGGUCGAUGGAAAAUGUAGUAAACGUUUUCCGAAACCAUUUCUUGAAUUAACUUCUGUUGAUGAUGAAGGCUAUCCGCGGUACAGACGUAGAGACAAUGGAAGACAUGUAGAGAAAAAUGGUGUAGUUGUCCAUAACGGUUUUGUCGUGCCCCACAAUCGAAAAUUGUUGAUGAAAUACGGUGCUCACAUUAAUGUUGAGUGGUGCAAUCAGUCUCGGUCCAUCAAAUACCUCUUCAAAUAUGUCAACAAGGGAAAUGAUCGUGUCACCGCAACGUUUUAUCAGUCAUCUGGAGACGGAGAGCCGGAAAAGCCCGUUGACGAGAUUAACAUGUUCUACGAUUGUAGAUAUGUUUCUUCAUGUGAGGCGGCUUGGAGGUUGUUGGGUUAUGAACUUCAGUACAAAAAACCUCCUGUACAACGUUUGAGUUUUCAUUUGAAAGGCGAACAUUAUGUUAUUUUUGAUGAUGAAGAUCGGAUUGAUGAGGUUAUUAAAAAACCCACUGUAAAUGAAAGUCAAUUUUUAGCUUGGAUGGAAGCAAACAAGAUAUAUCCUGAGGCGAGAGAGCUUACUUAUGUCGAGGCACCAACGAAGUUUGUUUGGAACAAAACGGAUAGAGUGUGGACUCCUCGAAUCAGGGAAGGCGCUAUAGCCCGUCUGCACUAUGUUCCUCCUAACGCGGGCGAUAAUUUCUAUUUGAGGUGCUUGGUUAAUGUAAUACGGGGAGCAACUUGCCACGAGGAUUAUAUGAAGGUGGACAACGUUCAAUAUUCGUCGUAUCGCGAUGCUUGCCAUGCCCUAGGUUUGUUGGGUGAUGAUCGUGAGUACAUUGAUGGCAUAUCUGAGGCAAGUCAUUGGGCAUCUGCUGAUUCUCUCCGACGUAUGUUUGCAACGUUGUUGGUAUCGGGAUCGUUAGGUAGACCCGAGCACGUAUGGGAAACGUGUUUGGAAUUUCUCUCUGAUGACAUCACUUAUAGGCAACGUAUUCUCUUCAAUGAUGAAAGUCUGCAGGUUAGUGAAUCAGAUAUAAAGAAUUUAGCUCUCGCUGAAAUCGAACAUUUGUUGAGACGUCGCGGUACGAGUCUUCGGGAAUAUCCAACAAUGCCUUUUCCUGAUAUGACCAGUUUUACUAUAAAUACAAAUC